AUGGCUUCGUCAAGCCCUCCUCUGAAAGAUGAGCUCGACAUUGUGAUACCAACCAUCAGAAACCUUGAUUUCUUGGAGAUGUGGAGGCCCUUCUUCCAGCCCUACCACCUCAUCAUCGUCCAAGAUGGUGAUCCUUCCAGAACCAUCAAGGUCCCUGAUGGCUUCGACUACGAUCUCUAUAAUCGUAACGACAUUAACAAAAUGUUGGGCCCCAGGGCUAGUUGCAUCUCCUUCAAGGACUCUGCUUGCCGCUGCUUUGGUUACAUGGUUUCCAAGAAGAAGUACAUCUAUACCAUUGAUGAUGAUUGCUUUGUUGCAAAAGACCCUUCUGGCAAAGAUAUCAAUGCGCUUGAACAGCACAUUAAGAAUAUUCUCUCUCCAUCGACUCCCUAUUUCUUCAACACUUUGUAUGAUCCUUUCCAAGAAGGCAAUGAUUUUGUCCGGGGUUAUCCAUUCAGCCUUCGUGAGGGUGUGCCUACAGCCGUUUCCCAUGGCCUUUGGCUUAAUAUUCCCGAUUAUGAUGCUCCCACGCAGCUUGUGAAGCCUCUUGAGAGAAAUACCAGGUAUGUCAACACGGUCAUGACAAUACCAAAGGGCACCCUCUUUCCUAUGUGUGGAAUGAAUCUAGCAUUUGAUCGUGACCUCAUUGGCCCAGCGAUGUAUUUUGGACUCAUGGGAGAGGGUCAGCCAAUUGGACGUUACGACGACAUGUGGGCUGGCUGGUGUACCAAGGUGAUAUGCGAUCAUUUGGGACUGGGAAUCAAGACAGGGCUUCCCUACAUCUGGCACAGCAAAGCUAGCAAUCCUUUUGUGAACUUGAAGAAAGAGUAUAAUGGUAUCUAUUGGCAAGAAGAGAUCAUUCCGUUCUUCCAGUCAGCAACUCUUUCAAAGGAUUCCACUACAGUCCAGAAGUGCUAUGUAGAACUGUCAAAGCAAGUUAAGGAGAAGCUAGGAAAGAUAGAUCCCUACUUUACCAAACUUGCAGAUGCCAUGGUCACUUGGAUCGAAGCUUGGGAUGAGCUCAACCCGGCCACAGAUACUGCCAAAUUACCAAACGGCUCUGCUAAGUGA